AUGCUAGUGGGCUCCUCCGCCUCCGACCUCAACGAUUCCUUCCUGUUCCCGAACAGCUCGGCCUGCACCGCAGGGCUGUGGUGCGCCAAUGUCUCGGAGCCCCAGAGCCCACCACGCUUGGUGGAUGCAUGGCUGGUGCCCCUCUUCUUCGCCGUGCUGAUGUUGGUGGGUGUGGCGGGCAACUCCCUCGUGAUCUACGUCAUCGCCAAGCACAAGCAGAUGAGGACGGUGACCAAUUUCUACAUUGCGAACCUGGCCGUCACGGAUAUCAUUUUCCUGGUCUGCUGUGUACCGUUCACGGCUGUCCUUUAUCCUCUUCCGGGCUGGAUAUUUGGGGAGUUUAUGUGCAAAUUUGUCAAUUACAUCCAACAGGUCUCUGUGCAAGCCACGUGCAUCACCCUGACCGCCAUGAGUGUGGACCGUUGGUACGUGACUGUCUUUCCCCUUCGGGCCCUGCGGCAGCGCACCCCCUUCGUGGCGGCCACCGUCAGUGUCAGCAUCUGGGCUGGAUUCGAGUCGGUCCUGUCCGAGACUUUGGAACUGUUGGGUGAAUUUGGGGCCCUGGCCUUUCCGCUUACAGGUUCUUUCGCCAUCUCCACUCCGGUUUUGGUCUACAACCAGCUGACGGAAGGCUACUGGUUCGGCCCGCGGACCUACUGCAGCGAGAGCUUCCCGUCCGUCAUCCACCAGACGGCCUUCAUCCUAUACAAUUUCCUCGUGGUUUACCUUCUCCCCUUGCUGACCAUCCUCCUUUGCUACACCGCCAUGCUGUACCAGAUGGGGAGACCCACGGUGGAGGCUUCUGACAACCAAUGCCAGGUCCGGCAGCUGGCCGAGCGCUCGGAAGCCAUGCGGGGCAAGAUAUCGCGCAUGGUGGGCACCAUCGUGGUUCUCUUCGCCAUCUGCUGGGGCCCAAUGCAGCUGCUGAUCCUCGCUCAGGCCUUUGGCAGCGGCUUCCGGCGCAACUAUUACACCUACAAGCUGAAGAUCUGGGCGCACUGCAUGUCGUACGCCAGCUCCUCCCUCAACCCCAUCGUCUACGCCUUCAUGGGGGCCAAUUUCCAGAGGGCUUUCCGGAAAGUCUGCCCCUUCCCCGCGAAGCGCCGGGUGGGCAGCUGCGAGGCGGCCGGCCGGCCCGGCGCCAACGUGGAGAUGCAGUUUGUCUCUUCGGGGAUGUAGGGCCUUCUCUGCGGUGUCCCCGAUUCGAAGGGUCUUUUGCAGGAGCAAAAGCGAGCCAGGUGGCGUUGGGCUUUCCUUUCCCUUGUUCUCUGCGCAGCUGGGCUCGCUCGCUCGAGUCGCCUGGGGCGGUUUCCGCGCCGUUGCUGCUCUGAAGAUGCCCCGGCCCGACAAGGAAACACCCGGGAUCGGGGCGAGGAAAGGACGGGGAAGGAUGUUGCCAGAGAGGGACGCGAGGGGGGCUAUUUUGCAGCCGAGGGCCGCUUCCCCUGCCUGCCAAAGCUCCCGGGGGCCACAUGCUAGCAAUGGGUGGAGCCAGUGGGGAUGAGUGGGCAAUGGAUUUGAAUAUUCGCUUCUGUACUAGGUCCUACACCAUCGUUGGAGUUCAAGGCCAACACAGGCAAGAAUGGGGGGGGGUGUCACCUGGGGACAGAUAGCGAAGGCCAUGGCGUGCCAGGGGGGUCCCUGAGGUCUCC